GCCCGAGGGUGGGCGGCACUAGAAGGAGCUGCGGCCGCGCCCGCCCUGUCGCGCCUGGCUUGCCGCUCGGAGCGCCGCCUCCCCAGCCGCUCGGAGCCGCCGCGAUGGCGGAGGACAGCGAGUCUGCGGCCAGCCAGCAGAGCCUAGAGCUGGACGACCAGGACACGUGCGGGAUAGACGGAGACAAUGAGGAGGAGACGGAACACGCCAAAGGAAGCCCUGGAGGGGAUUUGGGAGCAAAAAAGAAAAAGAAGAAACAGAAGAGAAAAAAGGAGAAGCCGAAUUCUGGGGGUACCAAGUCCGACUCUGCAUCUGACUCCCAAGAGAUUAAAAUUCAGCAGUCUUCAAAACACAACGCCAUCUGGCAGCAGAUUUCAGCGGGAGCAGCCAUGGGUGGUGAUACUAUGGAAGGUGAAUGGAUAGAUUUAAGAAUGUAUCAUAAGAAUCCCACCAUACCUAUUCAGAAGCUACAGGACAUCCAGAGAGCAAUGGAGCUGCUGUCUGCAUGCCAAGGCCCAGCCAGGAACAUUGAUGAGGCCACAAAGCGCAGAUACCAGUUCUGGGACACACAGCCAGUGCCCAAAUUGAAUGAAGUCAUAACAUCUCAUGGUGCAAUUGAACCAGACAAGGACAAUAUCCGCCAGGAACCGUAUUCUUUGCCACAAGGUUUUAUGUGGGACACUUUAGACUUGAGUAAUGCUGAAGUGCUGAAGGAGUUGUACACAUUGCUGAAUGAGAAUUAUGUGGAAGAUGAUGACAAUAUGUUCCGCUUCGACUAUUCGCCUGAGUUUCUCUUGUGGGCACUGCGUCCCCCAGGGUGGCUUCUGCAAUGGCACUGUGGGGUCCGAGUGUCUUCAAAUAAAAAGCUAGUAGGUUUCAUAAGUGCCAUUCCAGCAAACAUCCGGAUUUAUGACAGUGUGAAGAGGAUGGUAGAAAUCAACUUUCUUUGUGUCCAUAAGAAACUGAGAUCAAAACGGGUAGCCCCAGUGUUAAUUCGAGAAAUAACUAGAAGAGUGAACCUAGAAGGAAUCUUUCAGGCUGUGUAUACUGCCGGAGUGGUUCUUCCUAAGCCUGUGGCCACAUGCAGGUAUUGGCACCGAUCUCUAAACCCCAGGAAACUGGUAGAGGUGAAAUUUUCUCACUUGAGUAGAAACAUGACCUUACAGAGAACGAUGAAGCUGUAUAGACUUCCGGAUGUUACAAAGACUUCAGGUUUGAGACCAAUGGAACCUAAAGACAUCACAGCAGUCCGAGAACUCAUUAACAGCUACUUGAAGCAGUUUCAUCUAGCUCCAGUGAUGGAUGAUGAGGAAGUGGCCCACUGGUUCCUCCCCAGGGAGCACAUCAUUGACACAUUUGUGGUGGAGAGCCCCAGUGGGAAGCUGACUGAUUUCCUGAGCUUCUACACACUCCCCUCCACGGUUAUGCACCACCCAGCUCACAAGAGCCUCAAGGCUGCCUAUUCCUUCUACAACAUUCACACAGAGACACCCCUGCUGGACCUCAUGAAUGAUGCGCUCAUUAUAGCCAAGUUGAAAGGGUUUGAUGUAUUCAAUGCACUAGACUUGAUGGAAAAUAAGACCUUCUUGGAAAAACUCAAGUUUGGUAUAGGAGACGGGAACUUACAGUAUUAUUUGUACAACUGGAGGUGUCCAGGGACAGACUCGGAAAAAGUUGGACUUGUUCUACAGUAGAUGGAUAUGUUACUUCUAGAAGGCUGACAUUCUCAUUUGUUAAUACUCUAUUUAGUGAGUCCUGGAACUGCCAUUCCAAAGAAGAAUAAAAGCACAAGUUGAGUGAAAUUGCAGUAGUUGCUAACAAUCAGAACAGAUGGCCAAUAGUAUACAUUUCUAGUUAGGAUGUUGAAGCCAACUCUGCUGUUGACUGAUGUGUGGGAGGGAUGAAGGUGUCCACAGAGCUCUCAUGGUAAAGAGAGGAUGUUGUCCUUCCACUCUAGAAGUGAGACUGCUUCUCUAUGAACCAAACAGAAGUGAUGGCAUCUUGUUAAGAAAACCUUUGCUGUUAGGAGAGUCACUGCUGCUUUUCUGUUUGUUAAGUGGUGAUAUACUCGUAUAACAGAACAAGGAUCCAUAUGUAUAUCACCUUACAUGCUACUGGGAAUGUUUAUAGAAUUGACAUGUGGUAGAUAAUUACGUAUGGAGCAAUAUGAAAAUGUACCAGUGACUUAGCACAUUUAUUAUUCCAUAAGCAUAGUAGCCAAAUCAGUAAAUAUGCAGGUUUGUCCUUUGCUCUUCAGCAGGUUAGUGGAUUGUUUCAAAAGCAAAGUUGGGGCAAAUGUUCAGCAUACUCACUGAAGAGUACACACCUGACUGACCAGACCUUGCGGCUGCUUGCAGUCUCAUUUCUCAGCAAUGACAAGGAUGUGUGAGGGAAAGGAAGUAACAGCUCUAAAGUCAGAUCUAAUGCCCAGAGGAGUGUGGGAGUGCUGUCAGCACACAGAUGGUCUGAAUGUUUUUAUUAUGCACAAUUGCACAUGUUCCUUUAUGCUGACUUUAAUUUAUCAUGAAAAUUGUCAUGCUAAUGGAAAAUGUCUUACUUGUAAAUACGUAUUCAUAAUUUUGUUACUGAUGUUGUUUUUACCUAGAAUUUGAAAAACAAGUUUCACAGUGUACAUAUAUGUAUAUGCUGCCACUAUCCAAGGGAAAAAUAAAAUACUAAACAAGGCCAUUGUAUAGACUGGCCUUUGAGUCAGAUGCCA